CGGUAGUUGCAGUAUGCACUUGCAUUAUUUUUAUGCGAUUUUAAAGAUUAUUUCUUAAAUUAUAAUGACAUUGAAAUCUUCCAAAUUUAUUAUAACUGCUGCAUUAAGAGGUUGAGAUCUUAUAGAAUUUUAUUCACUAUAUAUCAUCAGAGACCGAAGCAUUAAAAUGAUGAUCGAAGUAUCACUAAUGGUAACGGCAGUAAAAGUAUUUUUUAUGCCACUGUAUCGGUCUACAGAUUUUGAAGUGCAUAGAAAUUGGCUUGCUGUUACACAUAACCUUACAAUCGAUCGAUGGUAUUAUGACGAGACUUCGGAAUGGACUCUAGACUAUCCACCAUUUUUUGCUUGGCUGGAGUAUGGACUUUCUCAUAUAGCAAAAGUUUUUGAUCCGGAGAUGGUGAAAUUAGAAAAUUUAAACUAUGCUUCAGAUAUGACUGUUUUAUUUCAAAGAUUAUCUGUUAUUAUCUUGGAUUUGGUUUACAUAUAUGGAGCUAAAAGUUGUUCAGAACUUUUAAGCGAUAGCACUUCCCUUAUCUUUUUACUUCUUAUUACUAAUCCUGGGCUUCUGAUGGUUGACCACAUUCACUUUCAGUACAAUGGAUUUCUAUUUGGAAUUCUAUUAUUGUCUAUAUCAAACAUAAUAACAAGCAACUUCAUAUUUGCAGCAUUUUGGUUUGCAGUGCUACUUAAUUUUAAACACAUAUUUUUGUAUGUGGCACCUGUCUAUGUGGUCCAUAUGUUAAGAGCGUACUGCUUCACAGUAUCCUCUAAUGAUGGUGUUCAUACACCCUGGUAUUCAUUUUCACUGACAAAUCUUAUAAAACUGGCUUUAACUGUUAUAUCAGUGUUUUGUUUGUCAUUUGGACCAUUUAUUGAUCAAUUACCACAGGUUUUUUCAAGACUGUUCCCAUUUAAAAGAGGAUUGUGCCAUGCCUAUUGGGCUCCAAAUUUUUGGGCUCUAUACAGCUUUACUGAUAAAAUUUUACAAAAGUUAUGUAUAAAAUUUGGGAUCCCUGUUGCAACAACAGAGGCUUUAAUGACGGGUGGAUUAGUACAAGAAUAUGAGUUUGCAGUGCUGCCAACAAUAACACCAAGUGUUACCUUUGUAAUCACUGCUGUUUCAAUGAUUCCUGCUCUAAUCAAAUUGUGGCACCUGGGAGCUGAUAGAGGAUAUAGAGGCCUGAGUUUUGUUAGAUGUUUAACAUUGUGUGCUACGUGUGCAUUUAUGUUUGGAUGGCAUGUGCAUGAAAAAGCUAUACUAAUGAUCUUAAUCCCUCUCAGUUUUCUCAGCGUUCUGGGUGAUGUUGAUUGCAAUUUAUUUUUGUUUUUAUCUACGGCUGGACACUACUCAUUGUUUCCUUUAUUGUACCCAAAAAAUUUGCUUUCUAUAAAAUUAUUUAUGCUUUUAACUCAUAUGGCUUUUGCAUUUUGUUAUUUACCAAUGUUAUAUGAACAGAUGAGGUUUCAAAAAAUUGUUAAAAAUCAAAAGAAAAGGGGUUUCAUGCUUCUGCCUGGCCUGACAAGACUUCAGUCUCUGUAUUUGUAUGGAUUUAUGGUAUUAUGUAUUUAUGAGAAUUCCUUACACACAUUUUUGGGACUUGAUAAAACUUUACCUUUCCUGCCUCUAAUGAUAACUUCAGUUUACUGUGCAUUAGGAUUGUGUCAUUUCUGGUUCUCGUUUUACUACUAUUUUCUUACAUUCAAUUUGAGUAGAGUUCCUACUUUAAUAACAAGUAGGUCGGCACAAUAUGAAAAAAAACUUACAUAAGUUAUACCAAAUAUUAUUAUUUCAUACAUGUUAAUUUUAUUAUAAUAUAUUGAAAUAAAUAUCAUUUAUAUUUA